UCGUCUCAUUCGGCGACCGACAGAAGAGAGCUCCAAAGAGACAAGUCUUUGAAGUGAGCACGCAGAAUCUUGCUGGGCUAACAAACAAAAGCACCACCCAAAUCUCAGUUAAGCAGUCGCCCCAGCUCGACGGCGGGCAGCUACGGCGCAGGCUCCAUUGGUGCAUCGUCUUCCUGUUCGCCGUCGGCAGCGUUGUCCCGAGCGGUGGAGCGAACAAUGGUUAGAGGGCUUUUGAACCUCUGGAAGAAAUGGGAGAUCCAAAUCCUGGUGCUCCUUAGUUUCACACUGCAAUUUGUUCUGCUUGCUUUUGCAGGAACCCGUCGCCGCAAAGGCUCCGCUCUCUUCAGGAUCCACCUCUGGCUGGCAUACCUCAUGGCUGACUCCACUGCUAUUUACACUCUCGGUCACCUCUCCAUCCGCGCCAGAUCAAGUGAGAAACAGCUCGUCACAUUCUGGGCGCCAUUGCUCCUCCUGCACCUCGGUGGCCCUGACACAAUCACUGCAUAUGCCUUCGAGGACAAUCAGCUCUGGCUGCGUCACCUUCUUACUCUCGCUGUGCAGAUCGCGGGGGCAGCUUAUGUCUUGUACCCAUCCAUUGAUAGCCAGAAGACCUGGGCGCUCAAGCGUGCGAAUAUGGAGAGCAUCAGGAGCUCUCUUGAUAUAUCAGAUGACAGUACUCGUCGCCAACCGUAUGAGGGACGGGUUGGAACAACUGAAUUGGAUGCAGAGGAGGUCCUGCUUGGAGCUCACUAUGUGUUCAACGCUUGCAAGAGUCUAUUCACCGAUGACCUGAUUACGUCUGAAUCUGAACAAGAUGCUAUUGCCGAAGGUAUAAGGCUCAAUGGCAGCAAGUACAAGUUCGAGUUGAUUGAGAUGCAGCUAUCUUUGAUGUAUGACAUCCUAUACACAAAGGCAGCGGUUAUCUACACUUGGUAUGGCUCCUGCAUCCGUGUUAUCUCACCGGUAGCCACUCUGGCCUCCUUCUUGCUGUUCCAACUGAACUCUAGAGGUGCUUAUUACAGCAGACCUGAUGUCAUUGUCACUUGGGUUCUGUUGUUGGGGGCAUUUGUCCUGGAGAUCACAUCACUGGUUAGGGCUAUAGGCUCUUCUUGGACAUGCUCCUUGUUGCAUGCUCGGAAAUGGGAUUGGAUUCGUGCCAAAGUUCAGUGCCUUCGCCGUCUAGUCCAGGCAGCGAGUAGUAGAAGGUGGCUGGACUCUGUUGGGCAGUAUAACUUGUUGGAUUUCUGCACCUGCGACAAGACCGACCUAAGGAGCAGAAUCACCAAGAAGGUGGGACUGAAGAGGUGGUGGAACAAGCUCCAUUAUUCAAGCACCACAGAGAUUUCAGACAGUGUCAGGGACUUGCUGCUGGAGGAGAUACCAAGAAGACAACUGGGGGAUAUGAGGAAUGCACGGGGCAGGUGGACACUUCAGCAAAUAAGGUACCCAGAGGGCAGCUUGUAUGAUGAAAUCAGCUGGAGCGUCAACGACACCGACUUCGACCAAAGCAUCCUCAUCUGGCAUGUUGCCACCGAUGUGUACCUCUGCUGCCGCCAGCCAGUCGCAGAUGUCGUCCAAGAGGCGGCGGAUGAGCACCUAGCCAAGGCAGUCAAGGCGCUCUCCGACUACAUGCUCUUCCUCUAUGUUGUCCAACCCCACAUGCUACCCGGCCCGGUACGGGACACCCGCUAUGAUAACAACUGCGACGGUUUAGUCACAUUUUGGGAGCAACACUCAAGUGACCCAGACAUGGACUCCACACUCACACCAAGGGAAAACCUUGCCAAAUUGCUUUACCGGGAGUAUCACGAUAGAAUCGAUAGUGAUGGUAGUAGUGCAUCCGUUUCUGUUCAAAUGGAAGAUAAUAAUCCCCAUGGUCUCGCGUACAUCGAUGCAGCUGGGCUCACCGGGACGCUCCUCAGCAGAAACUCAGGCAUACCUGACGUGCUGAAAAUGAUCGCCGGAGUCUGGAUCGAGAUGAUGUGCUACGCUGCUCGCCACUGCGGCGAGGUUUCCCAUGCCAAGCAGCUGAGCAGCGGCGGCGAGUUGGUCACCGCACUGGGGCUCCUAGUGGAGUACACUGCAAGGUAUGACUUCCAUCCUCAUGGUUCGGACCAUGGUGCGCAAGCCGAUACACUUGCUAUGCAGAAUGGUGAACCUAGUGGAAUGGCAGCGGAUGAGGUGUCCAUUGAUCUGGACAACAUCAAUGCAGGCUCUGGAGGUGAGAUACGUGAUGAGGCGGAUAAUGACAUGACGGCGAGUAGUGGUGCCACAAACGAGAUUGUCGAGGAGGAUCAUCCAUAGGCACUAUUGUGGUACUGUUGUAUCAAUGUUCAUCACUUUGCUUGAUGUGGUAAUUGAGCGAUAAUACGCUUGGAUGCAUGUGCUAACAGGUUCCACAACGAGUGGUGUUUCAUUUA